UCUGUCAAAAGAUGGAAUGAACAAUGAAGAUAGAUUAAUUUUUCUUGUCAAUCUUUGCUUACCUUUCUUUUCCCUACCUUCAUCAAAUCCCAAUCCACCUGUCGAUCCUCCUAAAAUAACCCCUAAUUUGUCCGUUCCCUCUUUCUAAAACCCUACCAUAUAAAUUACAUCAUUCAGAUCUUAGCUACCUGUUAAUUUCGGUCAGCAGAUCCGACGCAUCUUUUCUUCUGAUCACAGAUUUCGAUCGUGUUAUAAAAUAAAAGAGGGGGUUGGAUUUUGUUUUGAUUAAAUCAUGGCAGCUCCAGUGCCUCCAGGGGCACCUAGAUCCGGCGCCAAUGCACGGCAGCAACCACCACCGCCUAAUUUUAAUCCUAAUAAUCAAACCGAUCCCAAUUCCUUAGCCGAUAACUUGCAGAAUUUGAACCUAAAUCGGCCCUUUACUAUGCCCAAUUCUGGUCCUAGACCUCCACCUUUUGGUCAACAAGCACCCUUCCAUCAAUCUUCAGUCUCUGCUGGAUUUCCAGUUGCCUCACGUCCCGGACUACCACCUGGUAUGGUGGGAAGACCUGCCGUGGUUCCUCCUGGACCACCACAAUCCACGUUACCCGUGAAUGUACCCCCAGGAAGACCGGUUGGUUCACCUGUUAGUCACCUGCCCCCUUUUGGGGCUAGACCUCCUUCUGCUUCAUUGCCUUCAUCUACAGGUGGUGCGGUUCUACCUUCUGGUGCCUUCCCAUCUUCAGGUGUAUCUAGUGUCUCUGUUGCACCAUCACCAGCAGGUUCUCGCCCGGGUUCUUUUGUGUCAUCUUCACCUUUUAUUGGUGGUCCUGCUGUGCCAAUGUCAAAUGCACUUGCUGGUCCUUUGAGUAAUGGGCCACCUGCAGUUGGCUCAGGAGGUUUGCCUGGUCCACCCCGAUUCCCUUCUGCUGCAAGUGUUUCACAACCCCCUGUUGGGCCUCCAACAUCUACGAUGUCAGCUAGGCCACCUGCUCAGGCUUCAACCAUGCAUUCUGUUUUGGGAAGUUCAGCUGUUAGUUAUUCGUUAACUCCUCCCCUGCCUUCAGCAUCACCAUUUUCAGCUGUGCCUCAGGCUAGACCACCACCUCCUGGUUCUCCUUAUGGACCACAGACAUGGCCGAUGCAACCCCAGCAGGGAUCCCAACCUCCUCAUAUUCCUGGUGCUACACAUGCACAACCUCCAAGAAUGUUUGGAAUGCCACAACUUCCAAAUCAAGCUGGGACUACCAUUCCACCUGCCAUCAGUCAACCUGGAGCACCUCUGUCAGGGUCGUCAAAGAUUGAUCCUAAUCAAAUUCCAAGGCCUGUUCCAAGUGCCACACCUAUCGUGUAUGAAACUCGCCAUGGCAACUUGGCAAAUCCUCCUCCGCCUGCUACAAGCGAUUACAUAGUUAGAGACACUGGAAAUUGUAGUCCACGAUAUGUGAGAUGUACCCUCAAUCAGAUCCCUUGCACGGCCGACCUUUUGACAACCUCUGGAAUGCAGCUAGCUUUGUUAGUUCAACCUAUGGCCCUCUCUCAUCCAUCAGAUGAUCCUAUUCAAGUUGUGGAUUUCGGGGAAAGUGGUCCUGUUCGAUGUUCUCGUUGCAAAGGUUACAUAAAUCCUUUCAUGAAGUUUAUUGAUCAGGGGAGGAAGUUUAUCUGCAAUUUAUGCGGGUUUACUGAUGAUACUCCUCGUGACUACCACUGCAACCUUGGUCCUGAUGGCCGGCGUAGAGAUGCUGAUGAGAGGCCUGAGCUUUGUAAAGGAACAGUUGAAUUUGUUGCUUCAAAAGAGUACAUGAUUCGCGAUCCAAUGCCAACCGUGUAUUUUUUCCUAAUUGAUGUAUCCAUGAAUGCCGUACAGACUGGUGCCAUUGCUGCAGCUUGCAGUGCAAUUAGUCAAGUUAUUGCUGAUCUUCCUGAAGGUCCCCGAACUCUAGUUGGAAUAGCAACAUUUGACUCAACAAUCCAUUUUUAUAAUUUAAAACGGGCACUGCAACAGCCGUUGAUGCUUAUCGUUCCUGACAUUCAAGAUGUCUAUACUCCUCUUGAAACGGAUGUCAUUGUUCAGCUUUCUGAGUGCCGCCAACAUUUAGAGUUGUUGCUUGAAAACAUCCCAACAAUGUUUCAGACUAGUACAACUGCUGAGUCAUGUUUUGGUGCAGCAAUCAAGGCUGCAUUCUUGGCCAUGAAAAGUACUGGAGGGAAGCUUCUUGUUUUUCAAUCAGUUUUGCCAUCAGUUGGUAUUGGUGCCCUUUCUUCUAGAGAGGCUGAAGGAAGAACUAAUAUUUCUGCUAGUGAAAAGGAAGCUCAUAAAUUACUGCAACCAGCUGACAAAAUUCUUAAGACACUGGCAAUUGAAUUUGCUGAGUAUCAGGUCUGUGUUGAUGUUUUUUUAACUACUCAGAGUUAUGUAGACGUUGCUUCCAUCUCUGUCAUCCCAAGAACUACUGGAGGCCAGGUGUAUUAUUAUUACCCCUUCUCUGCUGUAUCUGAUCCUGCAAAGCUCUACAAUGACCUUAGAUGGAACAUCACUAGGCCCCAAGGUUUUGAGGCUGUCAUGCGUGUAAGAUGCAGCCAGGGUAUUCAAGUUCAUGAUUACUCUGGAAAUUUCUGCAGACGCAUUCCAACCGACAUUGACCUACCUGGGAUUGAUUCUGACAAAUGCAUAUUGGUAACCUUAAAGCAUGAUGACAAAUUACAAGAUGGUUCUGAAUGUGCUUUUCAGUGCGCCCUUCUGUAUACCACUGUUUAUGGGCAAAGAAGAAUUCGAGUCACAAACUUAUCCUUGCCAUGCACAAAUAUGCUAAGUAAUUUGUUCCGUGCUGCGGACUUAGAUGCUCAAUUCGCAAAUUUCUUAAAACAAGCCGCAAUUGAAAUUCCUACAGCCCCGCUAAUGCAAGUGAGGGACCAAGUGACAAAUCUUUGCAUCAACACACUGCUUUCAUAUCGUAAAUUUUGCGCCACGGUAUCAUCAUCUGGACAGCUUAUUCUUCCUGAGGCUCUUAAGCUUCUUCCUCUAUAUACCCUUGCGUUAAUCAAGAGUACUGGGUUGCGAAAUGAUGGCAGAAUAGAUGACCGUUCCUUCUGGUCCAAUUAUGUUUCCUCCCUUUCUACUCCUUUGGCAGUCCCACUGGUUUAUCCCAGGAUGUUUGCCAUCCACAACCUUAAUUCAAAGGAAGGGGAUGAUUCUAUUCUUCCUCCUACAAUCCCACUUUCUAGUGAACAUGUCAGUGAUGAUGGAAUAUAUCUGCUUGAGAAUGGUGAGGAUGUUUUAAUAAAUUUUGGGAGCUCGGUGGAUUCAAAUAUCAUGCAACAACUUUUUGGCUUCAACUCAGUUGAUGAAGUCCCCACUCAGUUUGUGAUGCGGCAAUUUGACAAUCCUUUAUCAAAGAAGCUAAAUGAUGUUGUAAAUGUGAUCCGUCAACAAAGAUGUUCCUACCUUCGCUUCAAAUUGUGCAAGAAGGGGGAUCCAUUAGGAAUGCUGUUCUUAUCUUGCAUGGUUGAAGACAAGAAUGUAGGUGGGCCAUCUUAUGUCGAGUUUCUUGUACAUAUUCAUAGGCAAAUCCAGAUGAAGAUGUCAUGAUAGGUUUCAAGGUUCCUCAGUUAAGCUCAACAGGUAUUCGAUUUUGAUUUGGGAUUUUGCAUGAACCACAGAAAAAAAAGUUAAGUGAGAUGACAAAUCCGAGUGAGCUUCCUACUCGGAGUUCUUAGUGAAAGAGAGUUAUUAUGCUUUUCACAUUUUGUUUCACGUUUUAUGAUGCACUUGAGAUUAAGUUACUAAGAAACAUUGUAAUUCCAAACAGGGACUUAAAUAGCGUUCACGGCUGUA